GUCAUCCACACCACCUGAUGAAAUACAAAUAAUCAUUCAACGUGUAAAGAAAUGGGUGGCAAAACGAAACAAACGCCGCGAACAAAAAAUAAUGCAAAGCCGUCGAGCAGCAGCCGUUCGGCGGAGUUGUUGGGCAGUGCAACGCCCAUGUUUGUGGGGUUCUCAGCGCAAGCCGAUGGUAAUUUGGUGCCCUUUGCGCCUGGUUUUGCUAGCGCCGAGCAAAUGCCAGAGACAUUCGAUGCAAGUAUAAGCCCACAGACUCAAAUUAUACUGCGCAAGCUGUCCAAAAAGGAUCCCAUGACCAAAAAGAAAGCGCUGCAGGAGAUGCACGAGCUGAUAAGUGAAUCGGAUUUAGAUUCAGUAAAAAACAUAUUGCCGCUGUGGCCCAAGUUUUAUCACAACCUGGCCAAUGACAUUGACCAUACAGUGCGCGAGCAAUCGCAGACAGUGCUACAGUUGCUCAUGUCCAAGUGCAAGCGUGCCAUGGCACCAUAUCUGAAGCAACUGGUGCCUGUCCUAUUAGCUAGUCGCUUUGACAACUAUGCGCCCGCUGCCAGCAUUGCUAUUAAUACCUUGCAAGAGACAUUUGCUCGACCCAGCGAGGUAUGCCUGCAUUGUCAAACUGAAAUCCUGGACUACAGCACAAGAAAUCUGACCUUCCACACGGCCGCUACGCUCUCCAUAGGCAAGAGUCUAAAGCCUGAGGAAGCCGAGCAGAAAUACCAGCGCGUCAUCAUCAGCACUUUCAAGGCAUUGUCAUAUUUUCUGGAUCAAAUUUCUGAAGCUGCUGAACUGGAGCAAGUGAAGGAAAGCUUAAGCACGUUGGUAGCGCAUCAGAAGUUCUGGAGCUUUGCCAAAAGCAAGCAGCCGCCGAUUAAAGCCGCCUGGUUUGAGUGCGUUUAUCACAUGCUGCAGUGCGCCAAGCUGGUAGAGGUGCUGACUCCACAGAAAAAUCAACUUAUCACAUUGAGUUUCCAGUUUAUUGAUGAUACGGAUCCGCUGGUGGCACCACAUGUUUGGGGCUGUGUGCUGCUGCUGCAAAGCAACUAUGAUGAUUGGUAUGUGCCACUGAAUAUACGCAAGGCGCUACUGCCCAAGUUGUCAUCGCUGCUUUGCAAUGCGUUUAAUCGCAAUGCUCAGGCUAUUUGCCCCAAUCUGUUGCCGUUUUUGUCAAAGAUAACGUCCGCUAGUCUUCAGGAUAUGGACCUUUAUGAGUUUUAUCAGCGCUUCUUUGAUGAUCUGAAGAGCGCUUUGGUGGAUGCCCACGACCCACCGUUGGCUAAGUCUGACGCCUCGAUUAUGCACAGCGCCUACUUUGAGUGUCUGCGUUUGGUGCUGCAGCAGAUCAACAAUAAUGCCGAGCGUACUGAGCAGAUGGAAGUGUUUGCCUACGGCCUACUUGAGCAUCAGCUGUUGGAGCCCAUUGCACAUUUGCUGCGCAGCGAUAGCGCGCAUGUUAAAUACUUUUUCCAACAUACCUCAGCGCUGGUAGCCUUUUGGGAUCGUCAGUGCAGCAGUGAUGCAACAAACAAAAACGCCUUUGCGCUGUAUAUAAAAAUGCUGAACAAGUUUUGGACACGGAUAUUUGAGCUAAUUACAAAUGAUCUCGCUGUUGAGGAUGUCAACGAGCAGCUGUUGUCGCAUGUAUUACUGCUAGUACAGGAUUUGCAUGUGGCUAAUCCCAGUCUGGAAACGCACAGCGUCAAAUUCGCUGAGCCAGCUAAUGAAGAGGAAGUGUCUUCUCAGCACUCCACGCCAACCAGAAAAGCGCAUGAGGCAGCAGCCUUUAUACAAAAGGAACUGAAACAGCUAGUGAUCAAGCUCGUGCGCAUUUGCUUAGACAAGGUGACUGCUAGUAGUGGAUAUAUAGCGGGGCGUUAUAUACGCCAGGUGCGCACGUUGACGAAGCUCUUCACCGAUGCUGAGUUCUACAAAGGACUCACUGAGCUGGGUGAGCUACGAGCGACACUUGAUAGAUUUGUGGCCCUACUGGGAAAGCUCAACGAUGAUGCUUGCGAAUCAGUGGUGGAGAUACUCUUUGAGAUCUUGACGCUAUUGGAGCCUCAAGAAUCUUUUGAUUACAUAGCUCAAACGCUGUUGAAGCUGCAACUGCACCGCGUGCAGAAUUUGCUGCUGCAUCGUCUGCUUUCCUAUCCGCUCUGCACAGAGCCAGUUGUACGUCAAAUGCUAGCCAGUCCGGAGACCUGUACGGUCAUCACACGCAUAGCCGAGGAGGUUGUUGUUAGUAAUGAUCGCGAUAAUCUCAAUCUGCUGCACAAAUGUUUCUUCCAAACGGAUACGGGUGACAUUUUAAUAAACGCUGCAACAGUGGAUAAAAUACUGCUGGCCAUGUGUAAGCCGUUGGAGCAAACACCCAUGAACGACAUGGUUGAGGUAUGCGGCAGCUUCAUAGCACAGAUAAUGCCUGUUAUAUGCAGUAAGGAUAACUCCUCGCUGGCAGUGCGUCAGCAGAUCUUUCUGCGACUGUUCAAGUUCAGUUUGGAGCAACGUGUAGGCGAUUAUCUAUCGCAGGAUACACUCUGGGAGAUUACAACCUGCUGGCAGGAUGCGCUCUCCAGCAAGGACAUAGAAAUAACAGACGAACUGCUGCAAAGCUGUGCGGGCAUUGUGGAGCAGCUUAGCCAAACGGUUGAAUUGAAUACGAGUAGCCUGGAGUGCAUGGCCGAGGCUAUGGCCAAAUUUAUCGUUUGCUCCACGGAAAACAUUGAACAGGAGCCGCAGCGCUUGGCGCGCAUAGAUGAGAGCAUAGUAGCGCUGCUCAGUUCAACGAUUAAAAGCAGCAGCAGCAUACAACAGUUUGAGCAGCAUUGUGUGUAUUUGGAAGCAUUGGAAGAUUGCAUAACACCAGCUGUGCCCUUUGACAACGCUGCCAUGGAACCGACUCAGAUAUUACCUUUGCUGAAACGCGCUGCAUUGAAUCUGUCCACAAUUUGUAAGCUCGUGUGUCGCGUAGAUAAUCCACAAUUAACCGAACAGCAGCCUGAUACAGAGGAUGAGCUCACCGAGGAUUACUGUGAUCCCAAUGCCAACUUGCUCAAGCACUGGAGUGAAGCAUUGAUAACAGAGCUGUUGCAGUGCCUGCAACUAGCUGCCACUGCCGAUAUUUGGCUGAAUGUAAGCCAGCAACUGGACAAUGACUGCGAAGAGCUGACACUCUGCUUAGCGGAGCAACUAAAGAGCUUAAUGGGCAACAGCAGCGAACUAGUGGCCAUUAUCAGGCAAAGAUUGGAGCAAGCGGCGCUGCAACAGCAAAGUGUUGUCAGCUGUCGCCUGUUGGGUGAUCUGGUGCACUGCGAGCAGUAUGCAGCCUUUGAGGAAAGUGCCACCAUACUGCUGCAUGAGGAGCUGUCUGAAAUGCUGGUUGGACAAGGUGCGCUUAAGGCGUAUGUGAUGACGCUGCAGCAUAUGCUGCCUAAGCUUUCGCAGAAGGCUUUAACGCUAAACAGCGCUGUAAUGCGCACUGAACCUGAUGUGCUAUGGAUCAAAGCUGCCGUCUUUCGCUGCCUGAUACUCAACAAUUUCCAAGCGGCAGUGAACGAGCAAACGGAUCGCAACAUUAUAUUCUCAGCUUUACAGUUCCUCACACAAGUGGGCGAGCAGCAAACUGCACAAAAUCAACUGCUACUAUACAAUGUUGAUCUGCUGCAGCAACCGUAUGAGGCUGUGCUAAAUGUUGUGGAGGUUAUACAAUUACUCAACGAAGUGUUGCAACGCUUUCCCUACGAGCUGAGCAUUAAGCACUGGGAUGCCAUACGCAUUGGCCUCAGCUCCUGGGUGCUGAGCGUGUCUAAAUCUAUAAAGCACUAUGCUGAUCCAAAGAUAUCGUUUUUCAUUGUGGCUGUGUACCAAUUGUUCGCUACGCUUGUUACUUUUGUACGCUCUGAAAAGCAGAAGAGCUCCACGGAGAUGCUAAAGAAUGUGAUUGACGAGUGGGAGAGUCUGUUUGCCAGAGAGGUCAACGUGGUGCUGUUCAGAACGUAUUACGAGCUGACACAUGAGCCCACGGUGCAGUCGGAUAUGCAAGCUUGCUAUGCUGCGCUGCUGGAACGUCUGAUGCCCACGCUAGAGCUGCUGGACUACAGCUUUGUCUAUGCACACUGCAAGGCGCCCAGCUCAAGUCAUAGCUUGGAUCAUUUGUGCAAUUUUCUGCUCAAGCAGCUGCACAGCAAUCAGCACAGCGUGCGUCUGAAUGCGGUGCAUGCCUUGCGGCAAUUGACGCCACAAUUUGUGGCCGAUGACAUUGAAGUAAAUGACAAGCAGAGUGAGCAGCUGGAAUCAGCUGCAACUAGCAGCUCAACGAUCUCUCAGUGGCACUUUCUUCAUCGCUUCGAAGACUAUCUAACACGCUACGAUGCACUCAUACGUACUUAUCUGGAGGAGUUUAGCUUUAAGUUGAGCGAACUCGACGAUUUGGAGCCCAUCGAUAGGCACGCUGCCUUUAGCUAUCUGCUCAUUUGGGAUUGUAUCAUCAAUGUGUGCGCCAAGUCGCCCGUGGCCUUGCGCUCUGUCUACACAAGUUGGCUGAAUGACAAUCGCUAUGAGGAGAAUUUUCUGCACUUUCUCUUCCGUGCCAUGCCAGUGGACAUACUGAGAAACCACAGCGCCAAGAUCCACAGCAAUGGUGUCUACAAAGAGCUCAGCUGGUCUCAAUUGAAAGAUCCUCAGCUGCCACUGGAGCGCUAUGCCUGCCAUCUGUAUACGGAGGUGCUGCGCAAGUUACCAGCCGUGGUGCGCAAAUGGUGGAACACCUGUCAAUCCAGGCAGAAGAAUUUCGUCGACAAUCUGACGACCAACUAUGUGAGCGCGCUGAUAUGCACUGAGGAGCUUAAGGCAAUCGCCAGCCGAAAGGAGAAGCAUGAGAAUAUGCAGGUCACUGUGCACACUUCCACGCGUGAGGUGCUGGCUGUUUAUUCCAUUGAUGAGGCGCGCAUGGAGCUGGUCAUAACACUAGCAUCGAAUUAUCCGCUGGGCGCCGUCAAGGUGGAAUGCGGCAAGCAAAUUGGCGGACGCGCCAACUCACGCAAUGUGGGCAUGCAGCUAACCAUAUUCUUAACCCAUCAGAACGGCACCAUCUACGAUGGUCUCACACUGUGGAAAAAUAAUCUGGACAAGAAAUUCGAGGGCGUGGAGGAGUGCUACGUUUGCUACACGGUCAUUCACCAGGACACCUGCCAGCUACCAAAACUGACUUGCAAAACCUGUAAAAAGAAAUUUCAUGGACCCUGUUUGUAUAAAUGGUUUACCACUAGCAGCAAGUCCACCUGUCCCAUCUGUCGCAACGUCUUCUAAAUAUUACGAGUGUUUACCUUUGGCUAUUGCUGUAACUUAAUUUGGCACUGCUUGUAAAUCAGCACAUAAUAAAAAUAAAUUCGGUGUAGUUUUAAACAAUAGUUACUUUCAGUUAAACAAUGUUUAAAGCGUUUAACAGCUGUGUUUAGUUAAAUUUAAGUUGCUACAGGCUUGUUUGCUUCCAAGUUAAGUGUAUAAUAUA